AUGCUGGACGACUUUACAGCUGCACAGCUUAACACUAUGAUACCAAUGGGCCAAUCGGAGACGUUCCCUAUCAUACAUGCCCGUAAGUCGAUCUGCUAAACAUUUUUAUACAUUAGUUUUAAAUAUAGGCUAGUACAGAAAGUCUUUUGAAUUUUUCGAAGUUAAAAAGAGGGAACGUUUACCGAGGAUUUACAAUAGGUUUUUGUAGUUCAAAGCCGAUAUACUCUUGGUUCAAAUUUUAGAACGACCCACGGCAAACCUUUCUGUACGAUAAUUAUUGAAGUGUCCCCGGAAACUUCUUGAAAUUAUAUACAACCGGCACAUACAAUUUCUAUCCCUCGCUGAAAAUAUUUAAAUAUAUAUUUCACCAAAAUUAUUUUACGUUCAGCAAAAUCUAUUGUAUUCCCUCUUUGCAAAUCAUUAAAAGCAAGUUUAUUAUAUGUUUUAUACUCUUGAGUCUGGUAGAACUUUUCUUGUGUUCGCUCUCUUAGCUCAACAGACGGCAAAUUCUCUCAUGCAGACCGAAAAAUUUUCCAUUUUCACAAAUGAUUUGAAAUUAAGACAAAGAGAAUUGAGUCUAAGUUUCAAAUUUCUCUCGAGAAAUAUACUAAUCGAUUUUUACUUUUCGGUGAUUCACUUUCAAUCGUUAAAGGACUGGCAAAGAUUGGAAACCUUUUAAAGAUUUUGAAUUUUUUGUCUUUUGAUCUCACAGAGAGAAAAAUAAGUUUGGAUUUUUUUUUGUGUAUAAAGUGCAAGAAUAAGCGCUUUGAAAUUUCAAAGAAGCUUAAGUGUGGGGAAUGUCAAUGAAGAGCGUCUCGCGGAGAAGUACUCAAAUUAUUUUCGACGUUUGUAUGUAUAAACAAUUGAAAUUUUCCAAUGUUUUUUCUCCGCUCUAUUAUCAUUAGUCGACAUUUCACAUUUUAUCUUCAAUACACGACUAAAAACCUUCGACAAUAACAUAAUGAAACAUAAAUAUGCUUGGUUGACUAAGUGUGAAAGAUGCUUUGGAGAUAUGACUCCUGAAAUAAGUUUUUAUAAUCUGGUACUUAGUUCAAUAGACGGGAAAUUCUCCCAUAUAUGCAUGCACGCCGAAAAACUUUCCACUUUCUCGAAUGAUUUGAAAGAGAAAAUAAUUGAGUAUAAGUUUCAAAUAUAUCUCGAGAAACAUUGAUUGAUUUUUACCUUACUAAUGCAAACUUAAACAAUUUUUAUGGGUCAUAUUUUCAAUGCAACAAAAUAUAUCAUAUAAAAGCUCUGGUGAGAAGCAGUUAAACAAUGCGUGGUUAUUACAUUCAAGGAAGCAAAUACUGAAAUAGCCUACUUUCAGACAAAAUCACCAAUUAUUGUAUUGUACCAAAGCCAAUGAGAUGAAGCAUAUAUUACUGAGAAUGAGUUAAAAGUGUUGUUUUAAGUAAAAACAACAUCGAAUAGAUUGAAAUGGAGACACAGACAUAAAAUAUAGUACGUUUCCAACCACUUGAAAAUUGCAGAGCAAACGCAGCUGUUGCUUUAUAUAGACAACGUACGUGCAUAUGCAACAAUGAAUGUAAUUUAAAAUUAUAUCUUCAAAGCCAAAGACAAUGUGAAUUUGCAUGUUCAUUCCUGCACGUCUUUACCGUUAAGUAAUUAUUUAUAAAGUGUUAUAAAAUUUUGAUCAAACUCGAGCUUUCUGGAGUAAAAAAUAAGCCGACGAAUGUUGAUUUAAAUCCCUAGAAAUGUCUAUAAUGGGAACAAGGUUUCAAGGGAGAGUGCGCGGCUGCUUUGUUCAAGAAAUAUACGGACUUUUAACAAAUGCCGAAAGCUGCUGGGCGAAACAAGGAGUUGAAUCUAUAAUUACCCAAUGCAAAUAUAUGUCAUCUUUUAUAGGAGUGGAGUAGACAGGAUUUAAUUUUUGUCAUUAUAGACCUUUCGACAAGUUUCCAUUCUAUAUCCAUAUUAUGUAUGCCACUAUGUAUACUGUACAUCAAUUAAAGUCUCGUAAGUCGAUUGAUGUGCCGUUUAAACAAAAUGCAGGAGAAUAAAUAUCAGCUGCAUUGCUGUCGUCGAAGGAAAAUGGCAUUGUUGCCAUUAAUUGUCUCUGACUCAGAUCCAUAUCUUUACCAUCCAAACUAUAAGGUCUUAAAAUUUUACAUAGCAGUUUCCAAUUACAUAUAUAUAAAUAAACGAAGUUCUGUGAAAUGUUGUAAAGAAAUACAGAUAUUAUAUGGUUUCAAUCACGUGAUAUUUCAGCAUAAUUUGACUCAAGUGGGGGUCAAUCAUUGAAAUGAAGCCAACCAAAAUAGUCCAGCGGAUAUGCACAGAUAUUUGAGAAAAUCAUGCACUUUGUGAAGAAAGCACCAAAUUCACAGGAAGUGUCGACUUUAACAUGAUAAUGAAUCUUAGAUAUGGAGGCAUCACCAAAAUUGACGCUGACGGCUUAAAAUUUAGAAUUUCUUAUAUUCUCUUAUUAAUCUCUUAUACAAUUAAAAAUUGUGAAAUUGCAGGUUCACAUAUAGCAAAAAUGACAUGCGUCAUUAGAAAGCUUACAAAAAACUGCAUAUAAGACAUUUAAGCAGUUACUUUGAUUUUCCAACUCCUCUGAAGUUAUGAGCGGUUGAAAAUAUGUUUUAGGGCUAGUGUCCAGGACUUUGGCGGGAUUUUUCCCUAUUUAUCACGUUUUUAAAUAGCAAUAUCUGGAAAACUGCUUGGAAAAUCAAUCAUCCGUUUAAAAGUCUUAUAUGUAGUUUUUUGUAAGCUUUCUAAUCAUGCAAGUCAUUUUUGCUAAAUGUAAACCUGCAAUUUCACAAUUUUAAACAGUAAUAGAGAGAAUAUAAGAAAUCCUAAAUCUUAAGCCGUCAGCAUCAAUUUUGGUGAUGCCUCCAUAUCUAAGAUACAUUAUUAUGUUAAAGUCUACACUUCCUGUGAAUUGGGUGCUUUCUUCACAAAGUGCAUGAUUUUUUACUUUUCCGCUGGACUAAAAGAGCUAAGAAACAAAAUGCAUGUCAACGCAUCUUAUGUAAAUGAGUUCUCUGACUAUUAUAAGACCCCGUUUACACGGUACCAGACGAAUUUGGAGCCGGUGUCCCAGGAAAUUUGGCCCCCCCAAAAUUUGGCCCCCCCGGGCCAAAUUUCCUAGGAAAUUUGGCCCCCCUGGGGGCCAUAUUUUCUAGGAAAUAUGGCCUCCCCUUCGGAAAUUUGGCCUCCUCGAAAACAUAGUUUACUUUGUCGCUAUAGCUCGGAAAUCGUGAAGUUUCUUCUUAAACAAAGAUCCUAAAAAUGUUUGUCAGUAUUUAUAGUUAGUUUGCAUAAUUUAUUUGUGUCGAAAUUCUUCAUUGCGGCCAAGAGCUAAAAGUUUGAAGGAAAGCAUAAUAUGUGUUAGUGCAGUCAUGCCAGACGCAUCACACAUGGGUAUCUGUAGAGGACAACGUUAAUGCACGAUGGCUUAACUAUAACUAAGAACACAAAACGAUUUUAGAGAUAAGAAUUUCUAAGAUAUUACGAGUUAUUUAGAUCUAUAAAUUCAGUCACAUAGUAUAAAAUUAGUCAGAAUAACAACCGCACUUUAGCAAACGAUGACAUCAUGCGUUGGCGAAUAUGUUAAUAUGCACGCGUCUAAUAAAUAACAGGGAGUAAUUAGCGGUAAAAGUAGACUUUUAAGUGAAAACGUUUGUUCGAAAAACAGAAUCAAAUGAGUGGUUACUUCGUAAAAAAAAUUUUCCUAUGGGUUUUUUUCUUUCAUAUACACAGUAUAUAUAAUUGCUCGUAUGGUUGGGAUGCAUUACAGAAGCAUUCUGUAUGCUUCAUCGCUCACAAAAAUAUUCCGCACACACAAAAGCACAAAAGUUUAAAUGACGUUCCGUUUCAAUAGCUUAAUGAUACAGCCAUUAUUUAGGAGCUGUUCAUAUGUCCCACUUACCGAGAGGUCUUGCCUACCGAGACGAAUAUUUCCGUACGUUCAUAUGGAAUAUUUCGUCCCCCUUGCCGAGAUGAAAUUACUGUAGCCGUUCCAUAAUUAGCGUAUGCUACAUUUCAGUCAAGCAACACAAAUACUUGCGAUUUUAGUGUUUUUCUUCGUUUGUUUACAAGAAAAAGUAUUGCUUUAGGUACAUGUUAACGUUGUUAUUAUGUUGUUCACAUGCCUUAUUAACGUUGUCUUCUAUGAAGCUGGUCAAAACCAAACGCGAAAAGUACGCUAAACUUUAGCUCUUGGCCUAGAUUCUCGUCAGUAUUGCAAUUCAAUAGAGAAUUUUGACACAAAAAAUUACGCAAACUGACUAUAAAUGUUGAGAAAAAUUUCUAGAAAUUUGUUUUAGUAGAGCCUAGAGGCCUCACGAUUUCCGAGCCUAAAGAUCUGAAACAAACUAUAUUUUUUAAGGGGGGGGAGGGCCAAAUUUCCGAAGAGGGGGCCAUAUUUCCUAGGAAAUAUGGCCCGGGGGGGGCAAAUUUCCUAGGAAAUUUGGCCCGGGGGGGCAAAUUUUCGGGGGGGGGCCAAAUUUCCUGUGACACCGGGCUGAAAUUCGUCCGUUUUGGUCUUCCGUUUACACGAGAACCACGGAACCGGAGGAAUUUGAGACCCCCUAAUUAACAGGACGAAUUCGCGUGCAUGUGCGAAUUUCAGCCGCCCCAAAUUCGUCCGGUACCGUGUAUACGUGGUCCAAAAGCCAAUAUAAAACAAUAUAGACAAUUACAUAACAGCCCUUCUUUACCCUUGCCACGGACCCUUGACAAACACGUGAUGUCAUACGAAACCGGUGAAUGAAUAAAUUAGUAUUUUUUAGAUGUGACUAGAUUAAAAACAAACAUCAUCCUUCAAUUGAGAGAAGCAACGUAUGAGGUUUGCGGCCUUAAUUGCGCAGAAAACCGUUUCUGCGUUGCAUUCAACUACAAAGAGAAGUCUGAGGGGAAUGAAUGGAACUGUCAGUUAACAAAUACGACUCAACAUAAAUUUGACAAUAAUGCCAGCGAAAACAAGCGCGUUUGGACGUUCAUCAAAGAUAAUGUAGACCGAAGUCAGGUGGUAAGCAAUUAGUAUACUUUUUACAAAAUUUGUGGACAAAGGGUAUACCUUCCCAUUAAUACCACAAUCAUGCAAUUCAUGUGUAUACAUUCUUAUGCAUAUAGCUAUAUAUCGAAACCUUAUAAAUUUGGUCGUUCUAUAAGAUGUUUAGUUUCGGCCCAAGGUCUGGUAAAUUAUUUGAUAAUUCCUAUAGCAGAUCUAUGUAGCUAGCUCUUUUUCAAAGUUGGACAUGACGAGGUUUUGAACAUGCGGUCUUAUUUUUUUUAACAAGUUCACAUAAAAUUGUCGUGUUUUGACUAUAUUUAAGCUUUGAUUUAUAUGUGCGUUGCUUGACCAAAAUGCAGAGCAACUGACAAAUAACAAUAGCAGAAAUUUUGGCGUUUGACAUUCAACUACAAGGGAAUUAGUGUACUGAAAUGUUGGUUUAAAUAUGAAUCCACUAUUUUAAAGAAAAAAUGUAUGUCGCCGUAUUUAAGCUUUGUCAGUCUCUAAAAUAAGCUAGAUACCAGCAUGUUUGAUGUGAUUAUGCGAUGAAAUAUUUUGCAGGCAUCGUGCAGAGGAGAAGUGAAUGAAUGUCGCAAUGGUGGAACAAUGAUCUGGGAUCCAGAGAAACCUUUCAACUGUUUAUGUAAGAAAGGAUACGAAGGAGAGCUAUGUGAAAAAGGUAAUAAUUAUAUUAAUUAAUAUGAAGGCAUACAUAUACGCAAUUUGAAGACAUACAUAUAGCCUAACUCCACAUUACAACAAAGUCACCGUUCAUUCGUAACCAAGUCUUUCUAACUAAUCAAUAUAUCAACUAAACAAGUUAAGUGUUUCCACUAACUUUCAACACGCCGUAAUUAGAUCUAGUAAAUAAACAAUUUUGAGCCAUAAUAUUUUGACUAUAUUGACGAAUGCCCUGAAGGAAACUUCACAUGUCACCCUAAUAUUUGGGUAACUUUAAAUCAAGAAGAAAUGUAAUAUAUAAUUACAGGGAAAAAACCUCACCUUUAUUGAGUUUUCAGCAUCAAAGCUGCUGGAUGUUAUAUUGUAAGAUGAAUUGUAAAUUGCCUUUUUCUUUAUUUUAUUUGCUGCUGCAAUUUCUAAUCUCUGAUCACGUCAUAUCUGGCAACCAAUAUACUAUACAUCUUUUCGGAGUAUUUUAAAUAGGCCUAUCAAUAAUUUAUUGAUUAUGCUAUUACGGUUAGGCUUAGAACGUUUGCAGGUUCCUAUUACUAAAUUGUGUUACUAUUAGGCUCAAGUUGUUGCAAAUUGGUUAGAGUUUGGAUUAGAGUAUGUUGGUUUGGCGUGUUUGCUAUGAUGUGGUAUUAUACAAUAUAGUAUAGCGCAGUAUUCUAUAGUAUGGUAUGGUGUGGUGUGGUGUAGUUCGCUGUGAUGUGGUAUGGUAUGUUGUGGUUUGUGUUGGUAUGGUAUAGUAUGGUAUGGUAUGGUAUGGUAUGGUAUGGUAUGGUAUAUGUGGUAUGGUGUGGUAUGAUGGUAUGGUAUGGUAUAUGUGGUAUGGUGUGGUAUGAUGUGGUAUUGUGUGAUAAGGGGUAAAGUGGUAUAGUAUUGUGUAUAGUAUGCUAUGCUAUGCUAUGCUAUGCUAUGCUAUGCUAUGCUAUGCUAUGCUAUGCUAUGCUAUGCUAUGAUAUGCUAUGCUAUGCUAUGCUAUGCUAUGCUAUGCUAUGCUAUGCUAUGCUAUGCUAUGCUAUGAAGUGGUAUAGUUUGCCGUGUGCGGUAAACAGCUCAUCGCAACUCUUCGCAGCAAAGAAGUGCGCAUGCAACGUGAUAUUCCUCAAGACAACAUUUGCACUUCUGUACUGCGAAAAUUUGCGAUGAGCUGUUUGCCGUACACUAAGAAUUUUUGAAACGAAUGACAGAAAAUACCAAACAUGUUUGAUAUUUGUUGUUAACGGCAGGAGUGACAAAAAUCCUGAAUAUUUUCCCCGAACACUAGGAUUUUUGUCGCACGUAAUUGGUCACGAAUAACAAACGUGCGUGCAACUUGCACUAGUGUGCUCUGGGCUUAACAGCUGACGUGACGACCAUUUUAAACUUAGUGUUAAUUUAUGCAUGCAUGUUUCCAAGGUUAUGUAUUCUCACUGAAAUGUCUGUAGUAGGUGGAUGUACAUGUCACAGGCUCGUAUGUUAAUGUUAUUCACGAUAAUUUGCUCUAGUCCUAAUCUUUGUUUUAUUAGGUAUAGAUGUUAGAACAGACGUUAACGGGAGUUAGCAUAUAUAGGCCUACAUACUGAUGAAUUUUCACAUUUGAAUCGAUAAUACCGAUUUUGCGAAAUAGUACUCAUUUUUGAAGACAAAUACGAGGAAUUAGUAUACCAUAUAUAUAUUAGUUUUGACUAGACAGACUUAUUAGUUUUUGUGUAUUUUAUUAACUCGAUCAUUAACAUGCAGCUGUAGCCUCGCAUGUAUAAUUAUAAGAACUAUAUAGUCUAUAUAGACUGAUCAAAUUAUCUUAAAGAUAUUGUUUGCUUAUACUGUAUUUUAUAUAGUUUUGCCCCAUUUUGUUUACUAAAUAAACCGCGUCUUGGUGCUAUUUAACAAUUAGACUACGAAGCCGAGUUAAUUGUCUAUGAGCAAAUAGUCAACGAGGCGAAGCCGAGACAGAGACAUUCACUCAGAGACAAUGAGGCUGAGUUGUCCAAUUGUUUUAGUAUAAACCACAUAAAGAAAACUGAAUUUUUAACUUGAUUUUUAUGUAAAAUAAUAACUUUUUAUUAACGAAAUGAGCAUUUAAAUGGCUUCCAUUGGCCGAGCCUUUGGCGACAUUUCGCCUUGGCCUUGUUGACCACGUACUACUCAGUUUGUCAAUUCCCAAGAAUGACUUGAAAAAUACUAUUUGUGAGUUAAAAAACAUGUCGUAAAGCAGUAUAAUAGUAAGGGGUCGUUAUACAAGCAACGUUUGGCCAAUUAAAGAAGGAUACAAUUAAAAUGGCCAAAAUUUCAAACACGGAAUGGUUUCCCGAAUUGUUACUAAAUAAUGUUUACGUUAAAAAAGCAGAAUAAAAAUGCACGCAAAAGAACCCGAAUGUUGUUAAAAUCUUUAAAAUAUCUGGCAAAAUAAAGAGGCAAACCAUUUCCUUCAUCUAGUAUGCAUAUACAAAAGUUUAGAUUAAAAUGUAAUCGAAAAACUCGAUUACAAAAAGACUAAAAAAAGGGAAAAACAAACUCGACCAAAAUCUCGACAUUCGAACGAAAAAAACUUUAAAAUUUUACCGUAUGUCAGCAGUUUCCAAGAGUCUUUCUUUGUGUGUAGUCCAAAACCAAAAUUAGGCCAUUUUGAUAAGCUUUUCCCCUUUAAAUACAGCUUUUAAUACUUAAAAACGGCGUUUGACUCUCGCAACCUUCGCCGCUUAUUGCUACUAGUACGCGGCUAUCACUAAUAGCCUACUAUAGUAGCGUAGCCAAUCAGAACGCGCAAAAUAUGAUAGCCUACUAGUACGUUUAUACUAACAAACUUAUAGAUAGAAAUAACAUGAACAUAAACAUGCAGAGGGAAACAUUUUACAGGAGUUAGGUGAUCAGGGGUCGGUUGUUCAAAGCUGGUUAGCUAACCCUAACUUAACCUAAAAUACACCCUUUCGAUAAUUACGUCACCACAUACUCUUUGGUCUUGGAGCCUCGUUCUCAUUUGUAAAUUACGCAACGUGAUUGGCUCACGAUUUAUGAGAGCGAGGCUCCUAGGUCAAAUGACGUAAUUAUCGAAAGGAUGUAUUCAAAGCAAACUUCCUGACAGCUUGCGUCUAUAAAUCUGGAAAUAUUUCUUGUCUGGAUCGAUAGGAGUUUACUUCUAUGAAGUUUUGAAAUAAACAGACGUGUAGAAAUACACAAACUAAAACGGCGGGUUAAAUUUGAAACCAGGGUUAGUGCUAAUUACCCCACCUUUGAACAACCGGCUCCAGGAAGAUAGAUAGAUAUAUAAUAUUUUAUAAGCCUUCAUGAAGCACAUUUACAAGCUAGCAUGUUUGAUGUAUAUAAUUCCAAAGAGCUUUGUGAGCAUAUAUUAUUAUGAAUGGACUCAGAGCAGCUGCUCAUAUGCUCAUAAAGCCCUUUGACAUGAGAUUCUGCACAUGUGCAACACGUCUAGACAUAUAUCAAGUCAUCAGUUUCGGGCUUUAUGAGUAGCACCUCUGCAUGAUUCUAUAUAUGAGCAGCAACUCUAAGACUGAACCCAUCUUCUCGAUACUACUACAACAAAUUUAGUAUCUAUAUACUGUACUAUAAGCUAUAAUAAUUAAAAACUUACGUCAUAUAGGUUAAUAUAGUAAAGAGAAUUUGCAUUUUACUCUGUUUAGCAAACCAAAAACUGUUAUCAUCUUGUAAGGAACUACUGCAGAGAAACAGGUUUGUGAGUCACCAACGUUGAAGGAUUUUGCAAAAGGAAAUUUAUAGUGUAAAUUUUUCACAUCUAGUUAGACCUAACCAAGAGCAACUGCGAAAAAUGCAACUAUAGGACCUCUGGCAGGAAUCAAACCCGCAGCCUAGUGAUUCCGGUAUCGGCGCCCAAACGAACUAAGCUGCAGAGUGCAGUACCAUUACUGUGUGAUACAACGAAAACCUUAAUGAAAAGCAUUCGAUUUGGAAUGUCGUGGUACGGUUGAUGUCUCAACAUUUCAAGGGACUUUAAGGGGAAGAACAGUUAAAACCAAACUGACAGAACUAUAUUCAACAUAAUGAAUUAGUUAUUUUAAUCACACUGUGCUGUAAUGUCCUCUACACCAUUAAGCAAAAAAACAAAAGAAUCAGCAAUUUUUUCUGGCUUAUUGGAAAUGUGGUGCAAAACCUCACUCUAAAAUAUCCGACUAAAGUUUAGACGAUGUUACAAUGUGGUCUUGCUAAUAUUCACAUAACUUCGUACGAUUUAUAGGGCACUAAGCAAUGGUAUUUACCAACUACAAAAUACAGAUUCAGUCGAACAAUAUCAAGUUUACUGUCAUAUGACUGAAUUAUCAGGGUGUGGCCAAGGAGGUUGGACACUAGUGAUGAAAGUAGAUGGGAACAAGGUAUACGGAUAAUCUUAUAUCCUAACAUAAUCUCUUCGAAUGCAUAAACAUGAUAAGCAAUAGUAUAUAGAGAAAUGAGUAAACUUUUUGCUUUCCAGAAUGAAUUCAACUACAGCUCUCCUUACUGGACAAACAAGGAAACCUACGCCGUUGAAGAUGGACUUGAAGGUUUGAAUGAAAAACAGACUAAACUUGCUUCUUACUGGAACACACCGUUUAACAAAAUAUGCCUCGGAAUGAAAGUCAAUGGUGCUACAAAAUGGAUAGCAUUAAACUACACCACAAACUCGUUACACAGUGUGAUCGAAGACGGGACUUUUAAAGGAACAACUUUUGGGAGGAAAGCAUGGAAGUCUCUUAUCGAUGAUUCGUAUUUGCAAGAAAACUGUAAUGAAGAAGGAUUUAAUAUACAAGGGGUUUACAACUAUGGCACGUCGCAGUGGAACAUGAAGAUACGAAUUGGUUUGGUGGCAAAUAAUCAAAACAACUGCGGUACUUGUGACUCGUGCAUUGGCUUUGGAACUUCA